AAAUUUGUGUUUGGUGAGGUGGGUGCGGUUGUCAGCUUCCAGAGGAAGGGAGCCAAACAACCGUUGAGAGUCUGGAAGAGUAGAAUCCAAACUUCAUAUUUUUCCCCAACUUACUCGGACGCCAUUAAAAGGUCCACAACUUUCUCUUGUAAAGGAAAAUGAAUUUGUCGGUCUUCCACUGCUCCUUUCAGCUCUGUGUCCAUACCAUUUUCUGAAUUGUAUGGGAAUAAGGAAUCUUCUGAUACCAUCAUAGAGCAUGAUUGAACAUCUGGGGAAGUGAGAAGUUCUUGAGAUGAAAAAAAGGAGUGGGAAUGCGGACUCCCCAGACACUGUUCUUGAGGACUAUUUAAACGGUUUAGAAUACGAAACAGAUUCUUCAAAGAACAGCAAUCCCGAAUUGGAUGCUGAUAAAGAGACAAAGAGUACUUCAAAAUGGGGGGGCUUUGCUCAAAUGUUUAGUAGAACUAAGCCGAAGCUGCAUUUGGGUAGAUUGGAUUCCCUUUCUUUUUUCAAACUUUCAAAAAGAUUGAGUAGCAGCAUGAAGGAGACAGCUUGCAGUGCUUCUGAUCCUCUGCAUCAUUCUGCUAUGGGUGGUGAUUUCAACUGUUUCAAGCCUUAUUGGAGGAACUUUAGCCUCUCUGAACUCCAUAUUGCCACCAACUACUUUCACCAAGAAAACUUAAUUGGGAAAGGCGGUUAUGCUGAGGUGCACAGAGGGCAGUUGCGUGAUGGACAGUUCAUUGCGGUCAAACGUUUGACAAGAGGACAGCCCGAAGAGAGAAUAGGAGAUUUCCUAUCAGAGAUUGGGAUCAUGGCUCAUGUCAACCAUCCCAAUACUGCUAAGCUGAUUGGCUAUGGGGUUGAAGGCGGAUAUUUUCUCAUACUUGAGUUAUCACAUCACGGAAGCCUAGCCUCUGUUAUUCAUGUUUCAAAGAAGAAACUAGAAUGGGACAUCCGGUAUAAGGUUGCGCUAGGCACCGCUAAGGGGAUACAAUAUCUCCAUGAGGGUUGUCAAAGGAGAAUAAUACAUAGAGAUAUUAAAGCCGCUAAUAUAUUGCUUACUGAGGACUUUGAGCCUCAGAUAUGUGAUUUUGGACUUGCAAAGUGGCUUCCAGAACGGUGGACUCAUUUAAAUGUCAUGAAGUUUGAAGGGACAUUUGGGUAUCUUGCGCCUGAGUUUCUAAUGCAUGGCAUAGUAGAUGAAAAAACAGAUGUGUUUGCCUAUGGUGUGCUUCUUUUAGAGCUGAUUACUGGGCGUAGAGCCCUUGAUUACUCUCAGCAGAGCCUUGUAAUUUGGGCAAAACCGCUGCUAAAGAAGAACAGGAUCAGAGAGCUUGCCGAUGGAUCACUAGGUGACAACUACAGCUUGCUACAGAUGAAUCUCAUGGUGUUGGCUGCUUCUUUGUGUGUCCAACAAUCUCCAAUUAGGCGUCCUAAUAUCAGUCAGGUUCUGCAGCUUCUAAGAGGAAACUAUGAAAGCCUAGAUUUGAUCAGACGGUGCAGAAAGCCAUUACAGUGGAAGGCAUACUAUGAAGGACUGUUCAGUGCAGAAGCGUAUCACAAAAAGAGCAAUGUUAACUGUCACAGUCUGCAGGAACAGAUUGCUUUAGAAAUCCAGAAACACAUCCCACCCAGGGAAGAGCUGUAGAUUUCAUUUCCAGUUGUGUUGAUCUUCAUCUUCAUAUUCAGUCAAAAGGAAGGAUUUGAAUAUCAUUUCUGCAGCAUCUCUUUUCAAGAGGUGAAUAGAGUAAUUACCUUUGGAUUUACUGCUGACUGCCACAACUUCUUCAGGGUUCCAACUUGCUUUCCUCUGCUGCUGUAAUUAAUUUUGUUUCUUUUUAUAUAUGUUUUUAGUAUGUGUGAUAAUUUAUAUGAUAGUAUAUUUGUUAAAUAUGACGUAGCACUUUUUUUUGAAAGGAUAUGACGUAGCACUUAAAUGUAUUUGUAGUCCUAAAUAUAUUAUGAGGAUUAUUGCAUGA